AAUAUGGCCAAUUUAGAGAUAAGUAAUGAUUAUUUUAGUUUUGCAAUUUAGAUUGAAUCUCAAGAAACAAUAAAACAUCAUAUAAUUUCUGAGUUUUGCAGAGAGACUUGACAAGUUGUCGUAAUUAUUUACGGUACAAUGGCAGACGAGGGAAAGAAGCAGAAAAUCGAGUUGUUGCUAAUUCAUGGACAGAAAAAGCAUGAGGUAACAGUUUCACUUCCCGAGGGAGAAGCAGAGGGAGACCUCACAGUGGAACAGCUCUCAAGGGAGGUAGAAAGGACCACACAAGUUCCAAUGGCAAACCAGAAAUUGAUUUUCAAAGGAAAAUCUCUCACAGAUGUUCAUGCAAAACUCUGUGAUGUAGGCCUAAAACCAAAUUCUAAAGUAAUGCUAAUUGGGAAAAGGGAGGAUCUAGAUGAGAACAUUUCACUGAGGACUCUGGGUGCUAUAGAACUAGACAUUGAAAAGGAGGAGAAACAGAUCAAUGAUAUCAUUAGAGAUUUGGAUGGGGUGGAGAAGGGUUAUACAGACAAAGCUGUGACAGCAUUUGCUUUAGAGAAACUUUCCAAGCAGUUGGCUAAAUCCACUGAGAGAUUCGUAAAGUUAUUAGAGAAUUUAGAUGCUAUCAUCGUUGGUGAAACAAACAGCCAAGUCAGAUAUAACAAAAAGGUCCUAGUCUUAAAGAUACAGAAAUCUCUUGACAAAUGUGAUUCCCUAAUGAAACAAGUAUCUGAAUUAGUGACAAAAAUCACAGAGAAAAAAAUAGUUGAAAUACCGAGUUAACUGAGGAGUUGAAGGGACUGUGUUCAAUAAUUGAACAUUCAGCUUUGACUGGUAUCUGCAAA